AUUGUUCAGCAAAAGUAAAUUGUUGAGGAAAAGUGUAGAAUUAUGGAACAACGGGAGAACGCGGAUGGAUUUCCUCUGGUCGAGAAAACAUUCGAAGCGAACACCUUGGUGCCUAUAGAACGAGUUCCAAGGCAAUAUCAGUCAGUCUUCUCGCAUUACAUGUACUUCAACAGAAUCCAAUCUGAAGUGUUUCAAUCUGUUUUCGAAACUGAUGAAUCGAUUCUCGUGUCGGCGCCAACGGGAUGCGGAAAGACUGUAAUAUUCGAGCUUGCAAUCGUCAAGUUUCUGAACGAUUUGGAAGGCGAUACAUCGCAUUCGAAUUUUAAAAUAGUUUACGUCGCUCCGAUGAAGGCGAUCUGCGAGGAGAGAUUGUUGGAUUGGCACAAGAAGUUCUCACCGCUUGGUCUGCAAUGCAUCACCGCUACCGGAGACAGCGAUAACAUAACCUUCAGCAGCCUCCUGAACCACAAUCUUAUAAUAACGACGCCGGAGAAGUGGGAUUCGCUGACGAGGAACUGGCGCACGCACAUGAAUUUCGUGCGUAAAGUUGUUCUGUUUAUGAUAGAUGAGGUGCACUUGCUCAAUGAUGAAUCGAGGGGACCAACGUUGGAAGCUAUAGUUAGCCGGAUGAAGACCAUACAAGUGGAAAUUCAAAAUCAGAUUAGAUUCGUUGCAGUCUCGGCUACAGUGCCGAACGUCGAAGACGUAUCUGAAUGGAUUAAAACGAAAAGCAAAUCGGCCAAAUGUUUUAGUUUUAGUGAUGAGACGAGACCGGUGAAAUUGACGAAAAUCGUUUUGGGAUAUCACUUCAAUCCAUCGUCGACGUAUUUCAAGUUCGAUAUAAUGUUGAACUACAAGCUGCAAUCCAUUCUGAUGCAGUACUCCAACCGAAGGCCGACGCUGAUCUUCUGCAGCACCAGGAAGAGCGUCGAGAUGACGUCCAAGCAUUUGGUGCAGAACCUCUCGAUCCGGUUGAACGACGCGCAGAAGCAGGUGCUGGAGCGGGCGGCGAACAAACUGGUGGAGAAGACGGUGAAGGAGACUUUGAUCUACGGCGUCGCCGUCCACCAUGCCGGAUUGCUACCGGAGAGUCGCCACUCGAUUCAGGAAUUGUUUAGGAACGGUGACUUACCUGUGCUGGUCACCACCAGCACUCUGGCGAUGGGUGUUAACCUUCCGGCGCAUCUGGUUAUAAUCAAAUCUACAAAGCAGUACAUCAAGGGAGAGUACAGGGAUUAUUCGGAGAGUUCUCUGCUGCAGAUGAUGGGAAGGGCUGGGAGGCCGCAAUACGAUAGCACCGCCACCGCAGUAAUCUUAACUUCGUCAGUUGAUAAGGCGAAAUUCGAGAGGAUGAUCGGUGGGACUCAACCCGUCGAGUCCGGUUUGCACAACAGCCUCACGGAACAUCUGAACGCGGAAAUUGUACUUCGUACCAUCACCGAUAUCGGCGUGGCCAUGGAAUGGCUUACAUCCACCUUCCUCUACAUCCGGGCGAAGAAGAACCCCAGGCAUUACGGAUUCGCGUUCGGUUUGAGCCCCACGCAGAUCGAUGCAAAACUCCUAGAGGUAUGCCAGAUCUCCAUCAACAAACUGGCCAAGCACGGUAUGAUCUCGAUGCUCUACAACGUCAGCAUCUCACCCACGAAGAACGGAUGUUUGAUGGCCAAGUAUUACCUCCAUUUCGAAACCAUGAAACUAUUCCAAGAGGUGAGCGGAAGCGAAACGCUGCAGCAGAUCCUGGCGUUGAUCUCGCGAUGCCACGAGUUUUCGGACAUGUGUUUGAGAGGUAACGACAAGAAAACCCUGAACUUAUUGAACAAAUGCAAGAAUCGAGAGACGAUCCGUUUCCCGCUGAGCGGAAAGAUUAAAAAUUUAGACAUGAAAAUCAAUUGUUUGAUUCAAGCGAUCUUCGGUUGUUUGGAGAUCGUCGAGACUUCCCUACUUUCUGAAGUGCAGAAGAUCAUGAAAAUAGGAGAACGAGUUUCCAAUUGUUUGGCCGAAUUUUUGGAAUCCAAUCAGAAAUGCUUCUCGGCGUUGCACAGUGCCCUAAUCUUGGCGAAAUGCUUCAGCGCGAAACUCUGGGAAAAUUCACCCUACGUGAGUCGACAGCUAACAGGGAUCGGUCCAGUUAUGUCCACUAAUUUGGUAGCAGCAGGAAAAACCACUUUCCAGGCCAUCUUAGACACUAAUCCUAGACAUUUAGAAACUAUUAUGCAUAGGAAAUAUCCGCAAGGCGACAACAUUUACUCCCAGGUUGAACACUUGCCGCAGUACGAAUUAUGUUUGGAGGAGAUCAAAGUUUCCGAGAGGAAGUCCAGGGUCAGGAUCAGAAUUUUCCUGAAAAACAGCGGUAAAGUGAAGAACAAGUUGACGAUGUACCACGAGAGUGUCAUGAAUUUGCUGAUCGGCGACGAGGACAACAAUAUUUUCCUUAACGAGAAAUACACUCAUAGCUGCUUAAUCCAACAUACGGAGAUUGUGAAGGAAUUGCUCGAAAAUUUUGAAUCGGAGACUGUGCUAAAUGCGCACUUCUUCAGCGAGAAUUGGGUUGGAAUUGACUCAAACGCAAAGCUUUACCUAUUCUGCUCCCCGCCGACACCCGAAGUUACCAAUAAGAAAUCUAAAGCUACAUCAAUCGUAAAGAGUCAAAGCGUGAAGGAAGCUUUAAAAGAAAAGGUAGGAAACAGCAAUGCGAAGAGGUUCAUCGAUCAAUAUUACCAAGUCAUAAAAAAUCCGACUUCGAAAACCCCGAAGAAGGUGAUAAAACCUGCUGUUCUGACGAAUAACAAAGAAGCUGAUAAUGUGGAAACAGCCACAGUUGUAAAAAGAAUUGAAACGUAUAAAAGUAAAUCUGACGAAGAUGAAUGCAAAUUGUUAAUGGAGGAAGACGAUAACUUCGAUAGCUUCGAUCUGGAUGUACUAGAGGAAAAACUUCUGGAAAGCUCUAAUAACGGAACGGAAGAGAUAAUCGAAGUUGAAGAACGCGAGUUUGAAGAACCUCAAAAGCUUAAUGUAAUCUCUAACAUACUGAUCCAGAAGCCCGCAGAGAAUCCAACCAAACUGGCGAAAUGUGUUUUGGAAGAUUCCUUUUCCGAGACGUCGACGAAACUGGAAACAAGCGGUUAUUGUUCCAUUCCAUCGAAUGUUGAUAUAAAUCCAUCGAAUUUGCACGAAUUCAAAUCCGACGUACAACAUUCGAUAGAUGAGAGUUUAUUUAAUCCGAAUGCGAUAGCGUCGAAUCUAAACACAUUAAGAUCGCAAUUUCUUUCGAAAGGAUUUCUUCCAAAAUUCGACGUCAAAGCAACACCACGCGCGAAUGAUUUGAGUUUGAACAGCGUUUCGAAUCAUUCAAAAUUUGUAUUACAAAAAAACGAUAACAAUCAGAUUCCAACAAAACAAGAUAGUAGAUAUGACACGUUUGGAGGAUUCGAAGAACAUCCGAAAAUGAGCGGAAGAUUUAACGAGUCUGCGCUCGAUAUGCAACUGAAGAAGUACGAUUUUCCUCGGAAAAACAUUUCAAUGAAAAUGAAUUCGGUGCAAACUGGAGAGCGUUCUGGGAGGAAAGCGGAUAGGCGUUUCCAGGAGAUUAGGAAAACGUUGGACUUUGAAAAUUCUUUAUACAACGAUUCUUCUAAUGUCAAUAUUAAAGAGGCGUUCGCAUUGAAACCAAAGAAACGUCUGAUCCACGAAAGCGACUUUUGCAGCACUGAACCAGAUUCGACGGAGAGCAGUUACAACGUUGUGGAAGUGCUGAAUCCAAAAAAGAGUAAAGCCAAUGUAUCCGCCUGGUCCGAUGUGAAGAAAAAUAUUAAGUGGAGUUCGCCUUUGGUGACUUCUAAAUACUCGCCGAAUUUCAAAUCGCCAAUAUUCAAUUUAACGGAAAGGAUUAUAGAUGAUAGACCUGUGAUGAAUCGUUUGAAAGUACCCACAAACGUGGUGGAUUUUCCAGUCAGUGACCGGCAAUGCGAUUACGCUUCUUCGGCGAGUGGGACGCAAACUAGAAUGUUUGACAAAUUCAGCGAUUUACUGUCGCACAGCUUUAUGGAAUCAUUGGAGAGGAAUAGCGGCGCAUCGAAAUGUUGCUACCAGAAAGAUUUGGCUUCCUACGUGGAAACUUCGGAGAGGUCGAAGAGGAAACGGGAACCGGAGGAUUACGAAGAUUCCAUGCACACGGAAGAACUGUCGAAAGUGGAUGAUGAUGAUAUCGAGUUCAGUUUUCAGCAGAUGUACGACGAGAACGAGACGAGCGUGCUCGACAGAUCCGAAGAGUUCCUCGACAAAUCGCUGGAAGUCCAAUUCAACGAAGCAGAUUUCAAUGCUACAAUUGGCAAGGAGAUGAAGACGAACAUGAUUAAGAGAGAGGACGUAUUCGAGAGCGUGCCGAACAAACAAUGCAAUUAUACUGAAUCGCAUAUGAAUGAAACGCAGUAUCCGAUACCUCGUUACAUCAGGAAUCCGUCGUACGGUCAAGUGAAUUUAUACGGGAACGUGCCGAUGAUGUACGGGCGCACCCAUAACAUGAGAGAGGAGACCAUCGUCAGGCCAUCUAUGCUCGGAGACGGUUACAUUCAAGGUGGCAUGAUGGAAGGGCCGCCGCUGCAGCCGCCACCACCACAAUUUCCAUAUUACUUUCAGAAUCCGAUGGAUUAUUACAAUAUGAUGCAUCCACAGUACGCAUAUCCUGGAAACCAGCCGUACGUGAAUCCGAAUAUUCCAGGCUGUAGCGAUUGGUACAACAGUCCCAGACCCAGGUAUUUCGAUCCAAAUAAUGACAGGCAAAAUAUGUAAUUAUCCAAAAACCCUCCCAAUCUAAGUACAAGUAAGUUUAUAUGUUUCUAAUUAAAAUUAUCAUCUUCUUCUACUUCUUCUACUUUUAUGCAUAAUCAACUCCCAAAAAAAAGUUGUGAUUAUGUCGUAAUUAUUAUCAACCAACAGUUACAUUUUCCCCUUCAGUAAAAUAUUCGAUACGA